UUAAAAAUGGUAACAGUUAAAUAAAAUGUCUACCGAAGGUGCUAUCAUAUAUAUGGAAACCCCAAUGAUGCAGGAGUUCAUGCUUGAGGCUCUUCAUUGGGUUUUACAUCCAGAAAGGAUAGUUAAAAUAUAUGAUUAUGAUGAAGAAGAGGGUGAAUGUGAAUACGAAGAGGCUCAUGAACUAUUUUACAUGUUAAUAUCUGGAAAGCCAGGUUUUUGUAAGAAAAUGCCGCUGAAAGACCUCAAGACUUUAAAAACUGAGGAAAUAUAUAUCGAUUACAAUACAAAGAAAUGGAAGGAAAUCAACAAGAAAGUACUUUUAUGCUUUCCUUAUAAAGUCGAAAGAGCUCAGUUUUAUUUUUCAAAUUCCAAAUAAACUCCCAUUAUUCAAAAAAAUAUCUAGAGCUGUUGUCUCCUCUCUAAGUUUCAUAACACUACA